UGUAAAUAAGAAUGGGUUCUUAACUGACUUGCCUCGUUAAAUAAAGGUCAAAUCUCUCUCUCUCUCACACACAUCUGAUCAGAACCUAACCCCUAGGUACAUUAAACAAGUACAGUAGGUAUGGAAGCCAAAAAACACUUAGUCACCCUUGUCACAGUCACACCCCUGCUGCAAAUUCCUCUCAUCACAAAGCAGCUCUCUUCUCCUCCUUACAACACAUGCACAGGAUUCUCGUCCUCCCCUUUUCACCAGGGGGAGUGUACAGAUUUUAAUAUACCUACAAGGGACCGUUUUAAUGAAGUAUACAAUGUAUAACGAAAGAGAACGUUUGGAGGGUUCUUGGAAAACGCGUGCGGUCACAGGACUCCGGACACUUUGAGGGGAGGAGUUACGGUGCCGUGUUCGUUGAACUUUUUUUGGAUUUCGUUAAACUCAACAUACCGUUUCAGGCAGACGACAGUAAAGGCAACAUGGUUGACUGGCAGGCUACUACAUCCAAGAUCUGUGAAACUUAAGUAGCAUAUAUGGCUACAUGUGUCUGAAAACGGGACAUGAAAACCUUGACGGUAACGUAAUGGUGUGAUUUAUAGCUUACGCAUUGCACGCUGAGUAUCUACAUUCUUAGAGGGAAGUCUCCCACCACCUACCCAUUUGGUUAACGUCGCAUGCCUCUCCAGAGAACGGAUCUCUCCAGAUCAUUCCGGAUCUCUCUCUCCUCACCCCUAUAGUGGAUUUGGAUAUGUGAUAGUGAUCCACCAAUGGGAUGGUAGGGAUCUGGUGAUGGGGGAUCCAGUGGAGGGCUCUCUUCUGUAUGAUGGUCAGAGACACUCUGGCAGCAACCACAGUGGAACCAUCGCAGAACCACACGGCACCCACACAGAACCAGGACGGAACCCAGCAGCUUCCAGGGAAAACCCUAGAACACGUAGAACAACAGAACCGCGUUCAAGAACAACAGAACCAAGUCCUAGAACUCGAGAACUUAGAACUCCUAGGUCAAGAGAAUGAACUCUUAGAACAACAGAACUUAGAACAACAGAACCAAGUCCUAGAACUCGAGAACUUAGAACUCCUAGGUCAAGAGAAUGAACUCUUAGAACAACAGAACUUAGAACAACAGAUCCAACUCUUAGAACUAGAGAAUACAGUCCAGACCAGCACAGACAACCUGACCAGACCUCCAGACAAGACCAGUUCUGGCGGUCCUCUCCAUCUCUGGUGGCCUCAACAGAGCAGCUUUAGAACGGCUAGACCCAGUAUCCCUCUCCCCUGGCCAAGCCCCAGACCCUGCCUUCUCCCCAUUCCUCUCCCCUGCCUCAGACCCCCUCUCCACUUGCCCGAUCCGAUCCCAGACUACUGGACCACACACCUCCGGCCCUUCUUCAGCCAGCAGGAGUAUGUUCUAGUGCGACACACACACCGUCAGCUGGUUCACAGUGGCUACUACUGGGGCCCUAUGGAGAUGGAGGAGGCCCACCGCACACUUCUACACACACCGCCUGGGAGCUUCCUCAUCAGGUAUACACCACACACUUCUACACACACCGCCUGGGAGCUUCCUCAUCAGGUAUACACCACACACUUCUACACACACCGCCUGGGAACUUCCUCAUCAGGUAUACACCACACUAUUCUACACAUACCGCCUGGGAGCUUCCUCAUCAGGUAUACACCACACUAUUCUACACACACCGCCUGGGAGCUUCCUCAUCAGGUAUACACCACACCAUUCUACACACACCACCCUGGAGCUUCCUCAUCAGGUAAACACCACACCAUUCUACACACACCGCCUGGGAGCUUCCUCAUCAGGUAUACACCACACACACACAUUGUUCCUCGUAAGGAAACAAACAAGCACACCCCUCCUCCCUGCUGUUCCGUCCUGUGUAACGUUGUGCUGUCAUGUGGUUGUGUGGUUGCCAGGGACAGCAGUCAGCCAGACGUCUUCUUCACCCUCAGUUACCAUGGUGACCAGGGGCCCAUCAGUGUCCGCGUCCUCUUAACCAGUCAGAGGUUCCGCCUCAACGGCAGUAACAAGGCCUUUGAUUCAUUGUUCGCCUUGCUGCAGUUCUACAUGGAGUCAUCCCAUAGGCGGCUGCGGAGGGCGUGGCGCAGGGAGCGACCGAUGACCUUACAGCAGCUGUGUAGGGGGCGAAUCAUCGAGUUGUACGGAGCGGAGAGGAUAGAUUCACUACCUGAGCUUAACCAGGUGGUCACACAGUAUCUACAGGACUAUCCUUAUAGUAUAUAGACUCACCCUCCUACUGGAGAGUUUGGGGACCAGUUCCAUUUCAACAGACUGAAACUCUCUGGACGGUACUGACCAAAACUAAAAUGGAAUGGAGCCCCAGAAAACUGAAUAUGAAUUUGCUGUUUCUUACCCUCUCUGUCUCUGGUCUGUUGUUCUGUCUCUGGUCUGUGGUUCUUAUCUGUGUGGUUCUGGUUCUGUGGUUCGGUCUGUGGUUCUGUCUCUGGUCUGUGGUUCUGUCUGUGGUUCUGUCUCUGGUCUGUGGUUCUGGUCUCUCUGUGGUUCUGUCUCUUGGGCCUGUUCUAUGGCUGGUCAUGUACUGUAGUUCUGGUCUGUGGUUCUGAAGGUUCAGUGGGUUGGUUUCCCAACCUUUAUUCCUUAUUCUAAACUGGAUCUAAUCAUUUUUUCCCUCAUCAAUCUACACACAAUACCCCAUAAUGACA